GACCACACUUCCGACGACGAAGCAGACCCGCCGGACUCGCCGGACCUCUUCUCGGAGCUCCAUUUCAUUCAGACUCCAUUGUAGGAUAGCUGUUUUGGAAGAGGUAGAAAUGGUAAAGUCAUCUAUGAGCACUCAGCUUCAUCAGGAAGAAGAAGACGACGAUGUGUACGACGAACUCCUCGCUCGGAAUGAUUCUGCUACCUUCAACAGAGGGGAAGCGGUGAAGGUGGAAGGGAAGGUGGGUGAACAGAAGGCGAACACGCACCGGUCGAAGCAUUCUGAGACGGAGCAGCGGAGGAGGAGCAAGAUAAAUGAGAGAUUUCAGGCUUUAAGAGAUCUCAUUCCUCAGAGUGACCAAAAGAGAGAUAAGGCUUCUCUCCUGUUGGAGGUUAUAGAGUACAUUCACUUUUUACAGGAAAAGUUACAGACAUAUGAGGGAUCAUCGUAUCAAGGUUGGGUACAGGAGCCUGCAAAAUUGAUUCCUUGGAGGAAUUGUCUUGGGCCGGCAGAAACUCUUAUGGAUCAUUCUCAAAUUAUGAAGAAUGGGUCUGGUGGUGAGAACAAUGUCAUUGCCCCAGCAAUGCUUACAAAUUCACAGAAUUCAACUGAGCCUGACUUAGGUACGGCUUCAGUCUACAAAGCACUGGAUCAUCCUGCUGGUGCUGCUUCUUUGGUGGUUCCCCUUAACACGCAAACCCAGUCAAACCCAUAUACUCCACAUGGGAGGGAUAGCGUCCCUACAGAACCUCUGCAUAAUUCUACCUCUGAUGCUGAGAACAUGGUUUACCAACCCCAACUCCAAUCAUGGCAAGGCGGAGAGAAUGAAACUGAGAAUGCUCUUUCUGAUAAUGCACUGAAUGAACAGGAGGACCUGACAAUCAAACCUGGAUCAAUUAGCUUAUCAAGUGCCUAUUCUCAAGGGAUAUUGUGUACUCUGACCCAAGCACUGCAAUCUUCAGGUGUGGAUUUGUCUCAGGCCAGCAUCUCUGUUCAAAUUGAUGUUGGCAAACGUGUAAAUAGUGGAGCAAUUCCUACUGACGGGACCUCAGAGGCUUCCAGUUCUAAGCCCAAAGAGAUGCAGUAUCUAAGCAAUCAAGUGAUAGCACAAACUGAGGUUGGGGUUCAGAACUACCAAGAGGAUACAAAUGUGGCUUAUAAAAGGCGCAGAAUGGGAACAAGCUAGUAUUCUAGUCAAUUACUUUUGCAUAUAUCGAAUCUCCUUGUUCUGUCCCUUUUUAAUGGUUGUGGUGCUCAUUUUUGCAACGCCAUGGUCCACAUAAUUAUUAGGUCUAGACAGGUUGUACAUUUUUUUAUGCGCCUUGGUUUGCCAGGAUGCAUUGAUUCUUCUAGAAGUUAUAUAUUUAAUAUUCUUCAGAUAGAUGCUUCCAUGCAUAUAAUGAGAAGCUGCUCCCCUUUAUUCCCCUUUCUCGAAAUAUAUUGGUACUUUAUUA